ACGAUGUCAGAUGUCCAGAUGGUCAGGAAUGCGGAAUGGUAGAAGAUCUGCCACUCUGUCUCCCGAGAGUACCUGGAGGUUGCGAUGCAGACAAGUGUGGAGAGAACGGCGAGUGCAAGGAAGACGGAACCGACUACGAAUGCCUCUGUAAGACCGGAUACAAGUUCGACAGUGUCACGUGUAUCGAUAUCGACGAGUGUGCUGAGGAACCAUGUGGUAACGGGGACUGUACCAACACUGCCGGAUCUUACACUUGUGACUGCAAGAAGGGAUACGAAGCUGUAAAGGGAACAUGUGAGGAUGUUGACGAGUGUGCUGAUAGUCCUUGCUCUGAAACUGAGAGGUGUUCCAACAUUGAAGGAAGCUUCAUCUGCGAUUGUCUGGAUACUUUCAUCAGAGUAAAGAAAUCUAAGGAAUGUGUCUGUGCUGACGGGUUCGAGAACCAGGAUGGGUCCUGUGCUGAUAUUGACGAGUGUGCUUUACCUGAUAGCUGUGGAGAAAAUGAGGUCUGCACAAACUCAGUCGGAAACUACCAAUGUGAAUGCAAGGAGGGGACAGAGAAGGGAUCUGAUGGAGUGUGCAAGGAGUUCCUUCCGCUGGAAUGUGAUGUUAAGGCAAAGAAGCCAAUUGUUAAGGGAAUCAAGGGAACCAAUGUCAAUGUCAAGUUGGCCGGUGAAGUUAAGAAGACCUUCAAGAAAUACGCCACAAUCAAGUGGGAAAAGAACAACGAACCCUGGGAUCCUAAAUCCGACGGCAAAUCUAAAUUCAACGGAUUCACCAUCAGGAAGUUUGAUGCCGAAGAUGCGGGUAUUUAUGUAGCUUCCAUCUACAUUGAGAAGGAUGGAGAAAGCUUCAAAUGUGAGGUCGAGGUCAAGCUUGUCCUUCUAGAGGGAUCUGUGAAACUGAACAUUGCCAAUGCUAAACAACUGUCUAAAAAGCAGAAGUCUGGACAACCUCUCACUAUCAAGUGUGACGUUGAUAUUGACAACCUGAAACUGAAAGACCCUAAGAGUCCAGAUAACAUUAACUGGUACAGAGUAACUGAUGACGGUGAUGAACUUCUUGAUGAUAGUGAUACUAUCAGUAUCGAACGAGGAAAAGGAACCUACCAAAUGAUCCUCAAGAACCCGAGCCCCGAAGACAGCGGCACCUACAGAUGUGAGUUUGAUCAACAAGGAGUGGACACAUCUACAGACGUCACUAUUGAGUUCAAGUAGAUUACUCGCAAGAUUGCAGGGCACAUGUAUAAGGACAUGUACAGGUUUUUUUUAUUAUGGAAAUAGAUUUUUAUGGAAAUGGACUGAACUGAUUUUUAAAUUUUUAGUAAGUUGAUAUUUGAUUUGCGACUUGACUACGAUCUGAAGUGAUAUUUUUGUUGUACAAUUUUUAUCACACAUGCAUUCAAAA